AUGGAGCCUCCUCAGGGGGCCGAGCGCAACAAUGGCGGCGUCGCCGAGGGCGGCAACGGCGGCUUCCUGGCAAGCUGCCGGGAGCUGCUCCGGCCGGCGCUGGACAAGGUCCGGCGCGCGCUCGUCGCGUUCGGGGCGAAGCUGGCCAAGACCUCCCGGGACGACCCGCGGCGGGUGGCGCACUCGCUCAAGGUUUCUGUACCUGAGUCCACGGCUUUGGAGGGCGCCAUGGAGCCAGCAGCUCAGGCGACGGAGGAGAUCAACAAUGGCGGCGGCGGCGAGAGCAACGCCGGGUUCCUGGCGAGCUGCCGGGACCGGCUCCGCUCGGCGUCCGACGGGCUCGGGCGCGCGGUCGCCGGGCUCGCCGGGAAGCUUGCGAGGAUCGCGCUGGACGACCCGCGGCGGGUGGCGCACUCGCUCAAGGUCGGGCUGGCGCUCACCCUGGUGUCCGUGUUCUACUACGUCACGCCGCUGUUCAACGGCUGGGGGGACUCCACCAUCUGGGCCGUCAUCACCGUCGUCUUCGUCAUGGAGUUCACCGUUGGCGCCACGCUGAGUAAAGGCCUGAACAGAGCUCUCGCGACGCUGGUGGGCGGUUCCCUCGCCGUCGGAGCUCAUCUGGUGGCGCAGCUCGGCGGCGAGAAGGGAGAGCCCAUACUGCUCGCCGUGUUCAUCUUCAUAGCAGCGUCGGCGGCGACGUUCUCGAGGUUCAUCCCGGAGGUGAAGGCGAGGUACGACUACGGCGUGCUCAUCUUCAUACUGACCUUCGCGAUGGUGGCCGUGUCGAGCUACCGCGUCGAGGACCUCAUCGAGUUCGCGCACGAGCGCGUCACCACCAUCGCCGUCGGCGUCGCCACCUGCCUCUUCACCACUGUCUUCGUCUUCCCGGUCUGGGCCGGCGAGGACCUCCACAACCUCGCCGCCGGCAACCUCGACAAACUGGCGGAGUUCCUUGAAGGAAUGGAAUCUGAAUGCUUUGGAGAGACCUCUUCAUGCGAAAACUUAGAAGGCAAAGCCUUUCUUCAUGUGUACAAGAGCGUCCUCAAUUCGAAGGUCAGGGAGGACUCUUUGAGCACUUUUGCCAGGUGGGAGCCUAUUCACGGCAAAUUCGGCUUCCGCCACCCAUGGAAGCAAUACCAAGAACUCGGCACUCUUUGUCGCCAAUGUGCUUCUUCAAUGGAGGCUCUUGCUUCCUGUGUCAUCAUCCUAAAAGGGUCUCAGUAUCCUGAAGCCAAUCCAGAGCUAUGCCUGAGAACUGGAGCCGCAUGCGCUGCAAUGAGCUCGCACUCUGCAAGGGUGCUCAGGGGGCUCUCGUUGACAGUUCGGACGAUGACUGCGCCAUCUCCAGCCAACGGCGACAUGUCUGCAGCCACCAAAGCCGCAAGUGACUUCGGAACCGAGUUCUCCGAGGAUGGUGCCCUGUUGCAAGCGAUGCAUGUGGCAGUCGUUGCAUCUCUUCUCUCCGACAUCGUUGCUCAGAUCGAGAGGAUCACGGAAUCCACGAACGAUUUAGCACGGCUUGCCUGCUUCAAGAAGCCUGAAAGAAGCCCAAGUGCUGUGGUUAUCAACAUAGAGGAUUGAUAGACAUGGGCACGAUCU